CGAUUUCAGGAUCAAAGCAAAGCGUACGACUCGAAGAAAAACUGUUGGGUUCCAGAUGAGGAGGAAGGCUAUGUCGAGGCUGUUAUUGUCAAAACAGAGGGUAAUAUGGUUACCGUAACAGUUGGAAUGGGUAGUGAAAAAAAGUUCAAGAAGGAGAUGAUUCAAGAGAUGAACCCGCCGAAAUUCGAAAAAACCGAGGAUAUGUCCAAUCUGACAUUCCUUAACGACGCUUCUGUACUGCAUAAUCUUCGAGCCCGAUACUCAUCUAUGCUUAUUUAUGUUAGUUUUAAUGCAUCUCUCUAUCACAUGCUGGCAACCUGCCAAUAA